AUGGAGAGCUUUUCGUUCUACACUCUCUCAAUAGUCCUGUUUCUUUGUAUGUUUUAUCAAUCAUCACAUUGCCAACAAACUUACCCUAAAGAUUUAGACAUCAGCUGCACGGGAAUUCCUUCUUUAUCAAGAGGGUACUUUUGCAAUGGCACUCUGCAGUCAUGCAAAUCCUAUGUAACCUACAGGUCCCAACCAUAUUAUAACACUUCUGACAGAAUCGCCUCUUUGCUUGGCUCUGAAGCCUCCACCAUAGCUUCAAUAAACAAACUCUCAAAUAUUGCUGACGAAAUUCCCUCCGAUAAGUUGAUUAUAGCUCCAAUUUCUUGCUCAUGUACUGCUGCUGUCUACCAGCACUUUGUUCCUUACCGUCCCAUGUCAGGAGAUACAUUUCUUCAAAUAGUCAAUAGGACUUAUCAAGUCCUUUCCUCUUGCCAGGCAAUGAUGGGCCUGAACUACUACGAUGCAAAUAAUAUUCCGGAUGACGUGGAGCUGAUGGUUCCAGUGAGAUGUGCAUGUCCAAGUGAGACUCAGACUUCGAAUGGGGUCAUCUCUUUGCUGGCUUAUAUGGUGACAACGGGUGAUUCAGUUUCAUCAAUCGCAGAGCUUUUUGGGGUGAAUGUGCAGAGCAUAUUAGAGGCAAACAUGUUGUCACAGGAUAGCCGUAUCUAUCCACUUACACCCAUUCUGGUUCCUCUAGAAAGCAAAACUUGCACUAAAGAUCCGGGUAGUUUCUUUUGUGACUGUCCUAAUGGCUAUGCUGCAGAUCGUGUCAGCUGCAAGCCUGAUCCUAAAAAGUUUCAGGUCAAAUGGAUUGCUCUGUUAGGUAUUGGGAUUGGCAUGGGAUUCUUGUGUCUGUUUCUCUUGGGCUACAAGUUAUAUCAGUUCCUAAAGAAAAGAAAAUAUAGAAUCCAUAAGGAAAAACUGUUCAAUCAAAACGGUGGCCUCUUGUUACAAGAAAAAUUGUCAUCUUAUGGAGGUAGUGAGAAAGCAAAGAUAUUCACUGCAGAGGAACUGCAAAGAGCAACAGACAACUACAAUGAAAGCAGAUUUCUUGGUCAGGGAGGCUUUGGAACAGUUUAUAAAGGAAUGUUACCUGAUGGCAACAUAGUUGCAGUUAAAAAGUCGAAAGCAAUCAAUGAAAGUCAAAUUGAGCAAUUCAUUAAUGAAGUUGUCAUUCUUUCCCAAAUCAAUCAUAGAAACAUUGUCAAAUUAAUAGGUUGUUGUUUGGAGACCGAGUAUCCACUACUUGUUUAUGAAUUUAUUCCUAAUGGAACCCUUUCCCAACAUAUCCAUCAACGAGACCUUGAAUUAUCACUUUCGUGGGAGCAUCUCAUUAGAAUUGCAUGUGAAGUUGCUGGAGCAGUAGCAUAUAUGCAUUGUGCAACUUCAAUCCCCAUCCUUCAUAGAGACAUCAAAUCAUCCAACAUUCUCUUGGAUGAUAAGUAUGCUGCCAAAGUGUCUGACUUUGGCACAUCAAAGGUGGUCCCAGAUGAUAAAACUCACUUUACUACAGAAGUAAAAGGAACCUUUGGCUACUUGGACCCAGAGUACUUCCAAUCAAGUCAAUUCACUGAGAAAAGUGAUGUAUAUAGCUUUGGAGUUGUGCUUGUAGAGCUCCUCACUGGAGAAAAGCCAAUUUCUUUUGCGAGAGAUGAAGAAGAGAGAAAUCUGGUUGCACAUUUCAUUGCACUGACAAAGGAGAAUAGACUGCAUCAGAUUUUACAACCUCAAGUCGCUAGAGAAGCAAGUAGAGAGGAUAUUGAUGCUAUUGCAUAUCUGUCAGUGAAGUGUUUGAGAUUAAAUGGGAAAAAGCGGCCUACAAUGAAAGAGGUUUCGAUGGAGUUGGAAGCUUUGAGAAAAUCUCAAAAAUGCAUAGAGAUUUUCCAAGAGCCUCAUUUAUUGAGAGAUAAAGAGUCAUUCAUGGACAUCACAAGGGAAAGCCAAGACUCUGUGGAGGAAACGAUCAUCUCUUCCCUGGAAAUGAAGUCUGCAUCAAUCUUAACAUCAGCUUGA